AUGGGCGCCUCUCCGCCUUUCAUGUAUAAUGCGGAACGACGAAACAAUGCAAACUUUCCCGCAGCAGCUUUCGACCCCAAAGCUGUGACGAGGGCAAGUUGGGAGCCAAAGCCUAGAAAACCGCCUCACACUGGUCCUCUGGUCUCAUUCAACAGACAUCCUGACGCACAUGGGAUCCUGUCGCACCAGACUAGCUCAUACUGGCCUCUUGGCCGGCGGUCGAAGAAAUGGAUCAAAUGGCUACGCACUCUCCAGCUUUCAAUUCGAAUAAUGGAGCUCAAUGGCGCACUCGGCUCACUAGUGCUCUUUUCUCUCCUCGCAAACAUCGAUGAGGCCACGGGGUGGAUUUUGAGGGUUUUGCCCGGUAUUGCGGUCAUUCAUUGCUUGUAUGCCAUAUAUCACCUUUCACGCAAAGCAGGCGGUCGGACCCCUGGCUCCUCAGCCGCAUAUCACGUAUUCGCCGCUGGAUUUGAUUUGAUUUCUGUGUCGGCGUACGCUUUUGGCGCCUUUUCCGUUCGACAGGACGCUGGGAAAUGGACAACUCGGGUCACCAAUCAAGGCCUAAUGCAUUAUUUUGUGCCUGCGGUGUAUUACAUGAUUAUUGGAGCAGGGAGUCUGCACCUAGUCUCCCUACCGAUUUCUGUAUGGCUAGGGAUGAUGUUUCGAAGGAUUAGCAUGAUGCCACCAGACAUGAACCCUCUCGAGGACCACCUGACUGCGAGACCAUUCCACAAACGGAGCAAGUCGUCUUUGGCAAAUACGAGCAGUGUCUCGGGCAGCCAAAGUCCUUCUAGCCCUAUUAUUGACCCAUGUGCUCACUCGGAUUUGGAAGUGGGUGUCGAUGCGCGAAAAUCGUUUGUCCCAUUCUUAUACACGAGAACUGGAUCCAAUCAAUCAAUUGGCAGCCGAGGUUUUCUCAUUGACUCGCCAAGCAGGCAGUGCCAAAUAGUUUCCGGAAAUUCCAUCAAUAAUUCGGUUCAGUCUCCCGCGAGUCAACGGGGCUCUACAUCGAGAUCGUCCCAGCCGUUUCUGUACUCAAGUGUUCCGACUAUUGAAGCCGAGGCUCCAUAUCCAAAUCCUGCCGGCAAUACUUCUAAUAUGAAUAGACCCGGGAAGUUCACUGAAACUUGGCUGCCAACAAAUUCGUUGAUUUCAAGGACCAAUCAGCGCAAUGAAAAGCUGGCUUCGAGUAUGCCAGUUACCUGCCAGGCUGGUUCCGACAGGAAACCCUACGCUGCAUUGAUUCAAGUACGAGAUGACGAUGACUCUUCCGGUUCAGAAUGCUAUGGCGACAGUAUUGCAGUUCAGAAUAAGCGACGAUCACAGCUCAAGACUGAGAAACACCCGGAUCCUCUUGGGUCGCAUCCGCUCUCGGUGAAUAAGCACUCUCAUUUCAAGUCUACGAGAGCAUCGCAAGGCGUUAUGGGUAUUGUGCGGACCAAGGAUGGCUCCUUAGUCGAAUUGAGCGGGAAUUUGAGAAAAGUCAGCAAUAGCAGGGAUAUCACAGAUGAAGCCCUUGAAAUACAUGGAAACCCUUUUCAGCGGCAGAAGGACAACUCUCUUCAGUCACAAUACUGCUUCCAUUCCAAGUCACACAGCAACCAGAGCAAUGCUAAGCCCCCCAUAGUUCUGGGUUUUGGCAGAAAAGUAUCCUCAGGCACUGACUAUGGAUUGGGUUAUCGACGCAAUGUCAGUGGGAAAGUAAUGGAGGAAGGGGGGAGGUUCAGAUAA